GGGUUUGCCGUUUGUAAAUAUAUUUUCAAAUGAAAAAUAAGUGUUUAAUUUUCUCCUUUAUCUGCAACGGCCAAGGGCCACCCACUUAACUAUAAAUACCAGUACGGAAAUUUUUCAUUUAGCAAUUCAGAGUCUUCAAGUGAAAGCGACCUAGCUGAAAUUUUAGCAAUAUGACUGUUGGUCAUCCUGGUUCAAUUUCGGAAGUAUUGAGGAAAGUCUUCGCACUUUUUUUAGCUGCGAACGUUACUGCGCCAUUUACCUGCCCCAAUGAUGGCAGCACCUUCUACCAUGCUGAUGUCUCUACUGGCUGCAGAGUAUAUCAUCUGUGCCAGUCUUCUGAACUUCAGACAUUUACGUGCCCUGAUGGAAAAGCUUUCAACUACAAUAUAUCUGGUUGCGAAGAUGCAUCUACGUUUCACUGCGCAGAAAAUGUAGAACACCAUAUCCACAAACGUUCCGUUGAAUUAGUUCAUACCAUUUCUCUAGAAGCUGCAAAGAAUUCUUUCUUAAAUUUGAUAAAGUCUGUUCAACCAUUAGUAAAUCAAGCCAUUAAGAAUGCUGCUCCAACAGUUUAUGAUAAGAUUCAGUCAUAUUACAUGCCCACACUUCAAGCCAUAAGAGAUGAUGUUUUACCAAUUGUUAGAGAAAAGCUUCUACCUCAUGUUAAAAAAACUUUAAACUAUUCUAGCAAAUUAAGCACUAGACUGUUGGAGAAAGCUUACCGAUCUUAUGAAUUGUCAAAUUCCACACACAUCAACAUUGUAUCAUUCUCCGAUGUAGUCCGUGAUCUUUCUAAUGACAUUCAACCUGUGCUGAAACUUAGCAAAUACAUGUCAGAAAGAUUGUUUCAGAACAAAAGACUUAAACGCAGCAUUGACGAAGAAGUCCAUACCAUUUCCCUUGAAGCUGUAAAGAAUUCAUUCUUAAAUUUUGCUAAAUCUGUUCGACCAUUAGUGAGAGAAGCCAUUAAAGAUGCUGCUCCGACGGUUUAUGAUAAGCUUCAGUCUUAUUAUAUGCCCACAAUCCGAGCCAUAAGAGAUGAUGUUUUACCGAUAGUUAAAGAAACGCUUGUUCCCCAUUUUGAUAAAACUUUCAACUACGCUAAAAAAUUAAGCACCAGACUAAUCAAGAAGGCUUACCGGUCUUAUGAACUCUCUAACUCUACUCAUAUCAAUAUUGUAUCAUUUUCUGAUAUAGCACGUGAUGUUUCCAACGACCUUCAACCGAUACUGAAACUUGGCAAAUAUAUGUCAGAGAGAUUAUUCCAGAGCAAACGAUUUAGGCGCAGCAUUGAUAAUGAAGAGGAAAUGGGAUUUAUUAGGGAGAAGAGGCAGAUUCCUGAAUCAUUGUCUGGUUACAUAGAACCUCUCUUUAGGAGUAUUUUAACCGGUAUUAAGGAUAUAUUUAUGGGAACCCAGAAUACUUUCACGAGUAAGAUAAUCCUUCCAAUCGUCUUCGACAUGGCUGAAAAUCCUGAGACUGUGUUUGAUCUAAGAAGGCUAUUCUGGUCUAUUAAAGCUGCAGUUGCACCUCUUGUUUCAGAGAUUCUGAGUCUACAAGAUUUUAAUACUCCGGAAGGAACCGUAAUUCGAAUUCCUCAGGCUUCAAUAGAUGCUGCUAGAAAUAGACUAAUCACCGAAACAAAGCCAAUUGUACGCAGAAUCGCUGAAAGGCAUCUUCGUAAGAUUCUCCUGACAGCAGCUGAUAAUGUUCCACUCAUUAUGGAAACCCUUCACCGAUUACAGAUUUCUUAUGACCUCAGAGAUGGAGAAUUAGGUAAGAGUAUUUUGGAUUUCAUCACCAAGCAUGGGUCAUUGCUGAGAACCUCUAGUUCAGCGUAUGUGAAUAGUUAUACUUUAGCAGAAAUUAAGAAGGAUUUAUGGCCCAUCAAAGUAAAUCUCUUCAAUAUGCUCGUUGACUAUCAUACACGUACCCCUAAUUCUUGGUUUGGAAAUCUUUUCAAUACAAGCCUUCAGUCACCCAUUCCUUCAGCUGGAAGCAGGGUGUCAUACGCAAAACCUGCUCAGAGCACGUAUAAGCGACCAUUUCAGUCUUUUAGACGCAAUAUAGUUUCUUAGUUGAAACAGUCGGAUUAAAUGUGAAAACAUUUGAAUCACUUUGAUGUAACAACAGACUUUUAAAUUGAGUGAUGUAUCUCAAAUGUUUGUGAAUAAUAAAAUUCAAUGGAAUAACUA